AUGCCUCCCCUAAACCGGGACUACACCUCCCACUGCGGCUGCCUGCAGCUGGAGUCCCGGGUCAUCCCCCCCGCCAGCCUCAGGAGCCUCAGGCUGCUGCCCCACGGCCCCCACUGCGCACACACCGAGGUCAUCUCGGUGGAUGACAUUUUGGGAGAUGAAGACAUCUACGAAUAUGGAUUCCCGAAAGGGAAUCCAGGCCAAACUGGAGUUGUCUGA